GGCCCUCCCGAUGCCUGCCCCGGACCUGCCUCCCCUAGAGCGUCCUCUACCCGUCUGGAUCCCGGGACUGGUGUGCCUGCACAUGGCCAUGUCUACACUGCAGCAGAUCUGGCAGCAGAAAGAUGUCGUCAUUACUUUUUGCUUGCCUCUCCUGCUCCUUCCCCUGCCUCUGGUGGCACAGACCAAGGAAGCGGCAUGUGCUUAUGUACUACUGGUCACGGCCACAUACUGGAUCUCGGAGGCCAUUCCUCUAGGUGCUGCGGCUCUAGUCCCGGCAUUUAUGUUCCCACUCUUCGGUAUCCUGAAAUCAAGCGAGGUAGCAUCCGAAUACUUCAAGGACAUCCACCUGCUACUGUUUGGUGUCGUCUGUCUGGCCUCCUCCAUCCAAAAGUGGAACCUGCACAAGCGGAUAGCACUUUGGAUGGUGUUGUCUGUGGGCAGCCAGCCUGGAUGGCUGUUACUAGGCUUCAUGAGCUGCACGUCUCUCUUGUCCAUGUGGUUAAGUAAUACUAGUACAGCUGCUAUGGUGAUGCCCAUCGUAGACGCCGUGCUUUACCAGCUAAACAGCGCUUCACCUGAGGAGAGAGCAUUAACGAACGCUAAACCAAACUCUGCACCGAACAAUGAAGACACUACAAAGAUUGAUCUUGCAUCUUUUCCUGAAAGCAAUAAUAUUUUGGAUAAUGGAACCGCAAGCACUGAAGAAAAUGAGGAAGAACCAACUUUUGACAGCAGACGAUACUCUAAGCAGGCUAAGUCUGGUCGCUUCUACCGGACUAAGCGAGAUCACAUGAUGUGCAAAGCAUUCUCUCUGGGCAUCGCAUAUUCUUCUACCAUUGGUGGGAUGGCCACGCUCACAGGGACUUCCACCAAUCUCAUAUUUAUUGAACAAUUUGAAACUCGUUACCCUGGAUGUCAGUUUGUGAAUUUCGGAUCCUGGAUUGCCUUCUCAUUUCCUAUUGCAUUCAUCAUCCUGAUAUUUACCUGGAUGUGGAUCACCUGGUUGUUCCUGGGUUUCAGUCUAAAAGAAAUGCAGUGUUGUCGAAAAUCAAAAUCUUCUACAGAAGAUGACUCAAGGAAGGUUUUGAGACAAGAAUAUGAAAAGUUGGGCCCCUUAAGUUAUCAGGAGGUUGUAACGCUCUCAAUCUUCCUGUUGAUGGCCUUGUCUUGGUUCACCCGGGAUCCUGGAUUUGUCCCAGGUUGGGAUUCACUGUUUGGACUCAAAGGGUAUAAGUCAGACGCUACCUCAUCUAUUCUCUUUGGAUUUCUGUUAUUUAUUAUACCUGGACGUAAGCCCAGUUGGCUGCGCUGUAGAUCAAGAGAAAAGUCUAGGCCCUCCCCAUCUGGGGAGUCCACACCGAUGAUUACCUGGAAGGAGUUUGAAGAAUGUAUACCUUGGCAUAUAGUCAUAUUAGUUGGAGGUGGUUUUGCCUUGGCCAAGGGCUGUGAAGUCUCUGGCCUUUCAACAUGGGUUGGGCACAAGAUGGAACCUUUAAGCAGCCUGCCUGUGUGGGUGAUUGUUCUGGUCGUCUGUCUAUUGGUGACAUCCGUUACAGAAGUGGCAAGCAACCCGGCCACUAUUACCAUAUUCCAACCCAUCCUUUGUUCUCUGGCUGAAGGAAUUGGAGUGAACCCCCUUCUAAUCAUUAUACCAGCUACAAUAAGUGCCUCAUGUGCGUUCCUUUUGCCUGUUGCCAAUCCUCCAAAUGCCAUUGUGUUUUCAUAUGGCCACUUAACUGUGCCAGACAUGAUGAAAGCUGGACUGGGGACAAACCUUAUCAGCAUGCUGGCAUUAUGCUUUGGACUUUACACUUGGGGAAUACCCAUGUUUGACCUUAACACCUUCCCAGACUGGGCAUCACACAAUGUAUCGGCAGUACCGUCUCCAUGACGAAAUUUUGUAUCUACAUUUUCUAACUGAAAUAAUGCAAAUUCACGCUGAUUUUUUUGGCACUACAUUCCCCAAGUUCCCA